UUAAAUUUUUUUACCCACUGGCCUCUUUUCUGUAAAUAAACAUGUCGAAGGACGCGAAUCCAAAGGAGGCUGUGAUUAAGGCAGCCUACGCCGAUGUGCACAAGUUUGGCAACAAUCGCGAGUUCGACAAGGCCGUCAAGGCUGUGAAUCGCAUCCUGGGUGUGGCCCCAGAUGACCCCACGGCGCUCCAUUGCAAGGUGGUAUGCCUGCUGCAGCUGUCGAAGUUCGAGGAGGCGUACAAGUUUAUUGAGAAGAACCGUCUGUCGGCGCUGGUGUUCGAGAAGUCCUACUGCGAGUACCGCCUGAACAAGCAGGCGCAGGCACUGAAGACGAUUGACGAUGCUGCUGGGGCUCAGCCGCUGCCGCCGAACCUCAAGGAGCUGCGCACGCAGAUUUUGUAUCGCCUUGAGCGCUAUGAUGAGUGCCUGGAGUCCUACAAGGACAUCAUUAAGAACACCAGCGAUGAGUACGAGGACGAGCGCCGCACCAACCUCAGUGCGGUGGGAGCCAACUUGGCCUUGGACAACAGCAAGGACAUACCCGAGGUGCCGGAAGACACAUACGAGCAGUACUUUAACAGCGCCUGCAUCCACUCCAAUCGCCAGAAGUUUGCAGAUGCGGAGCGCAAGCUGCGCACCAGUGAAAAGCUGUGCCGCGAGUUCCUUGAGGAGGAGGGCGCCUCGGAGGAGGAGAUCCUCGAGGAAGUGGAUGUUAUACGCGUCCAGCUGGCCUACUGCCUGCAGCUGCAGGGCAAGAUCAAGGAGGCCAGCACCAUUUACGCCGAGUGUCUGCGCCACAAGCCCAAGGACGCGGCCCUGGUCGCGGUGGCCAGCAACAAUUCCGUGGUCAUCAACAAGGAUCAGAAUGUGUUCGACUCGAAGAAGAAGAUACGCGCCGCCAUGGCCGAGGCCUGCGAUGCGAAGCUCACGUCCCGCCAGAAGCAGGUGAUUGCUCUGAACAACUGCCUGCUGGCCCUCUACACCAAUGCCAGCGAUCAGGUGCAUCAGCUCAGCCAGAAGCUGGCCCAGACCUAUCCCAACGUGGAGUUCGAGGCGCUGCUUAUCCGCUGCACCCAACUGGGCAAGGACAAGAAGCACAAGGAGGCAAUCGAGCAGCUACAGAAGUUUGCGGCCGCCCAUCCAUCCCACGAGUUUGUCAGCAAGUUUGCCAUCAUUCAGUUGCAGCUGCUUCAGGGCAAUCGUCGGGAUGCCAUUGAGACGCUGCUGUCGCUGGGCGAGGCCAAGUACAAGCCCGGCAUUGUGUCCGCUUUGGUCUCCCUCUAUCUGGGCACGGACAACAAGACGGCCGCCUCGGCCCUGCUCAAGUCCGCCGUGGACUGGUACAAGAAGAACAAUGUCAGCAGCGGGGACCUGUCGGAUAUGUGGCGUCAGGCUGCAGAGUUCCAUUUGCGUGGCGGUGCUUCGGAGACUGCGGCCAGCUCGCUGGAGGAGCUGCUGAAGCUCAAUCCCAAUGACAUGAAGGUGCUGGCCCAGUUGGUCAUCGCCUACGCGCAGUUCAAUCCCAAGCGGGCUCUCGAAAUAAGUCGGAAGCUGCCCAAGCUGGAAACAUUGACAACGGCCUCCGAAAUCGAUGCCCUGGAGGCGGCCAACUGGGUGAUGUCCGCCAAGGCGGCCAAGAAGUCGGCCAACUCCAAGAUCGAACCGUCGCCCACCACUCCCGGGGAUAAGAAGAAGAGCCACAAUCGGAAGCGCAAGGGCAAGCUGCCCAAGAACUACAAUGCCGAGGUGGCCCCGGAUUCGGAGAGAUGGCUGCCAAAGUAUGAGCGUACUGGCUUCCGGAAGAAGCGUGGCGGUGCCCGCGGCAAGGACAUCAUCAAGGGCUCUCAGGGCAUGGCUUCGGGAGCAGCGGAUCAAUACGACAUGUCGAACCGCGUGAAUAUAACCAAGAAUUCCCCUGUGACGCCCGUCUUUCAGGAGACUACCCCUGGGCCCAGGCAACAGCAUCGCAAGGGUGGCCACAAAAAGAAGAAGGGCGGUCGCUUCUAAGCUAGAGAAAUGCAUUUUAUUCAAACACUAAUUAAACGAAACUGGUUUACAUAACCCUAAGGCUGAUUA